GCGAGAGCAGCAAUUGCGUGUUCUAGUUCCGCUUUCCAAUGAUAUACUACAGCUCACAUACUCGUCAACCGUCGUCGAGUGUGGAUGCUGAAGACAAAAUACUGAAGAUGGCAAAGCAAGUGGAAAUCAAAUAUACUCAACUCUUCAUCAAUAAUGAAUUUGUGGAUGCUGCGAGCGGUCGUAAAUUUCCAACAAUAAAUCCUGCUACUGGCAAAGUCAUUGCUGAAAUUUCUGAAGGAGAUAAGGCCGACGUAGACAAAGCAGUUGAAGCUGCUAAACAAGCUUUUAAUAGAAAUUCACAAUGGCGUAAAAUGCAUCCAUAUGUACGCGGACAGCUUAUGCACAAGUUCGCAGAUUUAAUUAAUCGCGAUUUGGAAUAUAUUGCAACUUUGGAGACCAUUGAUAAUGGAAAGACAUACGCGAAUGCCAUUGAAGAUAUACAAGCAAGUAUCGCCGUUUUUCGUUAUUAUGCCGGCUGGUGCGAUAAAAUACAUGGAAUGACUAUUCCAACAGGUGAUACCACUGUUACAAUGACGCAAAAAGAGCCAGUAGGAGUGGUAGGACAAAUUAUCCCUUGGAAUUAUCCUUUCUUAAUGAUAUCUUGGAAAUGGGGACCUGCAUUGGCCACUGGAUGCACUGUGGUUUUAAAACCAGCAGAACAAACACCUUUGUCCGCACUUUACGCAGCUGCUCUUGCUAAAGAGGCAGGAUUUCCACCAGGUGUUGUAAAUGUUAUCCCAGGAUAUGGCCCGACUGCUGGCGCAGCUAUUGCUGAGCAUCCAGAUAUUUAUAAAGUUGCUUUUACUGGGUCUACUGAGGUAGGACAUGCCAUAAUGGCGGCUUCUGCUAAGAGUAACCUUAAGCGUGUUAGCCUCGAGUUAGGUGGCAAGAGUCCGCUUGUUGUUUUCGAUGAUGCUGACGUAAAAGAGGCUGCAGAAAUCGCAUCUAAUGCGAUAUUUGUAAAUCACGGACAAAAUUGUUGCGCAGGAUCGCGAACGUUUGUACAUUCUAAAAUAUACGAUGAAUUUGUAAAGUGCGCGAAACAACUAGCACUUAAUAGAAAAGUAGGAGAUCCAUUUGAUUCUAAAACGGAUCAAGGGCCACAGAUUGAUGAAGAUAUGUUGGACAAAAUUAUGAACUUAAUCAAUUCUGGCAAACAGCAAGGUGCUGUUGUGGAAGCUGGUGGAAAUCGCAUUGGUACUACUGGUUACUUUGUACAACCGACAGUGUUUUCAAACGUAACCGAUAAAAUGAGAAUUGCCACAGAAGAAAUUUUCGGGCCGGUGCAAACAAUUUUGAAAUUUGAUACUAUGGAUGAAGUAAUCGAACGAGCUAAUCGCACCAAUUACGGUCUUGCUUCUGGUGUAAUUACUAAGGAUAUUAAUAAAGCUUUGGAAUUUGCUCAAGCUGUAGAAGCGGGCAGUGUGUGGGUAAAUUGUUACGAUGCUAUUACACCUCAAACCCCAUUCGGCGGAUUUAAACAAUCUGGCAUAGGACGUGAACUGGGAGAAGAAGGCUUAAAGGAAUAUCUCGAAAUUAAAACAGUUUCUAUCAAAGUCACAAAGAAAAAUUAAUUAUUUGAACAACAAACCUUAAACUUCAAAAUGUAUCAUCUAAUGUUCUAUAGAUUUUUAUGCUUUUACAAUAAUACUUCAUGUUGUUGAUCUCUAUUCUAUUUUUGUUCUAAUUAUAUUUGGUACCAAAUGUUUGUAACAGAACAUUAAUAAACUAUUUUAUAUGCAGUAA